AUGUCUGGACCCGUUACCCGCAAGCGAGCGCGGCGCAGCUCAAACGAUGACGACUCUGUCGCUCUAAACAGCACUGCCCAAUCCUCGACGCAGCUAUCCGCACCGGCUUGCGCAAGCUCGAGAACUCGAGACGAAGAGUUCUGGUACGGCGACGGGAGUAUCACCCUGUUCGCUGGCGACAUCGAGUUUCGCGUAUACCAAGGCCUUCUCGCGGAGAACUCCCCCGUAUUCAGAGACAUGUUCUCGCUGCCACAGCCUCCUGUCUCUUCCAUUUCCACCAUCCUCCUCGCCGGCGCCAGCUGCCAGGCUACGGUACACCUUUCAGACUCUCCCGAAGACGUUAGGCAUAUGUUGCGGGUGUUUAUGCCGAAGAACAACAGAAGCCUAUUCACGGCGCCGGAGGACCCCUCAUACCAUACCAUCUCUGCAGCGGUGCGACUGGGACACAAGUACCAGAUGCCUAUGCUCCUUCAACAGGCACUCGAUUACCUGAAGAAUCACUACACAAACGAUUUAGACCCAUGGGACAAUUACUCCGGCUACUGUCCGCCCGGCUUCGACGAUGUCCACUCCAUAGGUGUGGUCAACCUUGCCCGCCUGACAGGCGAGACGAGCCUCCUGCCCACCGCGCUGCUCGCCUGCUGCCAGCUCGAACAGCAACUUUUCGACGGCUUCGAGCGCGAGGACGGCACGCGCGAGCAACUCGCUCUGGGCGACAUCAGCCUCUGCUUCACCGCGCGCGCACGGCUCAUCCACGAGUCGACCCGGCUCGCCCUCUGCGUCUUGCGGCCGAAGGUCUCGGAUGAGUGUAAGACGGCGGCGGGGUGCAAGCGCGGCUUCUUGCGGCUCAUGGAGCGGGUCGAGGCGGACGUCAGCACGAUAGUGGGGAUGGAUCCGUUCCAGUUCAUGAUAGCGUUCGAGGAGGAUGUCUGCCAGGAGGUCGACUUGUGCAAACCCUGUCGGGCGAUGGUCGAUGCCCGCAAUGAUCGCGAAAGACGCGCACUUUGGGAUAGGCUUCCGGAGAUACUCGGCAUCGCCGAACCAGAUCCUGGAGGAGCGGAGGGCGGUGAAGCAGUCGGCGCGACCUGA